ACGUGGGGUCUAGCAGCGCCUCGCUCCGGGUUUCGCGAGAUCCGGACGCGCCUCUCUGUCGACAUGGCAGCCGUCAGCGGAGUGCUUCCUCAGGUCCCCGAGCCUCGGGCCGCCGUCUUCAGAACCUUCUCCAAACCCCGCCCGGCCCACGCGAGGCGGCAAGCAGCGGCCACCAAAAGAAAAUGCCAAGCGUCCAGCGAGGCUCCCCCAGCGAAACGGAGGAGCAAAGCCUCAUUUCUCCCGGCCAAGAAAACUGCCACGAAAGAAACUCGCAGGACCUUGAAGGGGAAGGCACAGAAAACGUUUUCUCCCAAGAAGUCUUCAGCCGGUGCGAGUGAUGGAAACCAGGAACGGAAGCUGGGCAUUAAGACUUCAUCGCUGUUUAAAAACAACCCUGAGAUUCCAGAACUCCCCAGACCUGUAGUAAAGCAGGUUCAAGAAGAGGUGUUCACUUCAGAUGCUUUUCAAGCCCUGGAUCUCCACCCACAUCUUAUUUCCACAAUAAAUACAGUCUUAAAUAUGUCUAGUAUGACCAGCGUUCAGAAGCAGAGCAUCCCCGUGUUGCUGGAAGGCAGAGAUGCCCUCGUGCGAUCCCAGACGGGCUCAGGUAAAACUCUUGCCUAUUGCAUCCCUGUGGUCCAGUCUCUUCAAGCAAUGCAAUCCAAAAUACAGCGUGGUGAUGGACCCUACGCUCUGAUACUAGUGCCAACAAGAGAGCUGGCUCUGCAAAGCUUUGAUACUGUCCAGAAACUGCUUAAGCCAUUUACCUGGAUUGUGCCUGGAGUGUUAAUGGGAGGAGAGAAGAGAAAAUCAGAAAAGGCCAGGCUCCGAAAAGGAAUAAAUAUCCUUAUCUCCACUCCUGGGCGCCUUGUGGAUCAUAUAAAAUCCACCAAGAGCAUCCAUUUCCGUCAGAUCCGUUGGCUGAUUCUGGAUGAAGCAGACAGAAUCUUGGAUUUGGGUUUUGAAAAGGACCUCACGGUGAUCCUCAACGCUGUGAAUGCCGAGUGCCAGGAACGACAGAACGUCUUGCUGUCGGCGACGCUCACGGAAGGUGUAGCUCGGCUAGCUGACAUCAGUUUACACGACCCUGUCAGCAUCUCUGUCCUGGAUGAAAGCCACGACCUGUCGAGCCCAGAGAGUGAAGCCUUUCUCGAAGCUUCUCCUCCACAGGCAACUGAUGAGCUGGACGGCUUCGCCAUCCCAGCCGGUCUCGAGCAGCAUGUGGUGGUGGUCCCCAGCAAGCUGAGACUCGUCUGUCUGGCGGCCUUCAUCCUGCAAAAGUGCAAGUUUGAGAGAGACCAGAAGGUGAUCGUUUUCUUCUCAAGUUGCGAGCUGGUGGAGUUCCACUACACCCUCUUCCUCGAGACCCUGCUGAGCGGCUCGGGGGCCCUGGCCCCGGAGCGUUUGCCGUCCACCUCCACACCGUUAAAGUUCCUGCGGCUGCACAGCGCCCUGGACCAAGAGGAAAGAACAGCAGUGUUUCAAGAUUUCAUGCAUUCCAGAACAGGCAUUCUUUUUUGCACGGAUAUUGCGGCUCGUGGCUUGGAUCUCCCUCAAGUCACAUGGAUUGUCCAGUACAACGCUCCAUCUUCACCUGCCGAAUACAUCCACCGAAUUGGGAGAACGGCCCGGAUUGGCUGCCAUGGGAGCAGCCUGCUUGUCUUGGCUCCUUCGGAGGCAGAAUAUGUCAACUCGUUGGCUUCUCACAAAAUCAACGUUUCUGAGAUGAAGAUGGAAGACAUUUUGUCUGUUCUGACAAAGGAUGAUUGUUUUAAAGGAAGACGAGGGGGAGGCCAGAAAUCCCGCACCGCUGGCCCCCAGGAAAUCCGAGAACGAGCCACGGUCUUGCAGACGGUGUUUGAAGAUUAUGUGCACUCCAGCGAGGAGACAGUCUCCAGGGCCAAGAAAGCCCUGCAGUCCUUCAUCCGGGCCUACGCCACCUACCCCCGGGAGCUGAAGCAUAUCUUCCACAUCCGACUGCUCCACCUCGGGCACAUGGCUAAGAGCUUUGGGCUAAGAGAUGCCCCUAAAAAUCUUUGUGCCUCAGCCGUGAAGAAGAAGAAAGCAAACCUGAAAAGGCCUGACCUUCAGAGGAAGAAGACCCAGAGUAAGCAUCGCCUUGCUGAAAUCUUGCGUUCCGAAUACGCCAGCGGGAUGGAGACCGGCAGCGCCAAGGUCAGGAAGCAGAACACGCGCUCGGGCCCGGCCAGCCAGCCCCGCGGCACCGCCCGAAACCCGGGCCCAGCCUCUGCCGAGGGAACAGAUUAAAACCACCCCCCCACCGCCCCCAGGCCUCCCGGAGGGACAGGGAGAUGUCCCAGAAAGUAUGUUAACCUCUGCCUGCAUAUGACGGGGCCUCAGGGUGGACCCUGGAGCCCCGUGAGACCUGAGGCUGCCACCGCCACCCCCUGCAGCCCCCCGUCCCUGCGGGGGCGGGGGUCAGCAAGGGGUGGAUUAUCUGAUUAACCUGCCUUGUGUAAGACCCCUCUCAGAUGUAUUCCAUCACUGCCCGUAGAUCACAUGAGCACUUAAUCACUUAAUGUAAAUCCUGACGUCCUGCGGCACCCACCAGGAGGGGAUCCUGCCUGGUGAUGCCGUUCUGAAGAAGUUUCACCUUUCACUUUAAGCUACCCUCUACACGUAUGUUAGCCUGAAUUUUGUAAAACCGGAUUUUAAAAACUGGAAUUGGUAAAGAGAAAAGACUAUCAGAUCGUUUUCUUGAUGUAUACAAAUGCUUUAUUAAAAAGGACCAAAUGAG